AUGGCCUCCUCGACCAAAACGAUCCAAACAUAUGAGGACUUCGUGGAAGUUCACGGUCUGUUAUUGGCAGCUUCAGGCAUACCUCAGUCACUGCACCGCCAAUUGUUCCACAAGCUCUCCACCGAGACCUUCGAUGGCGGCGACUACUUCCAGGUCGAGCCAGUCGACGAUGGUAGACAGAGGAGGCUUGUACUCACCUCCGAUUUCUUGGGGAAGGAGUCCAUCGUUUUUCUCGUUGACCAUGCUUGGACAUUUCGACUGUCUGACGCUUGUAAACAGUUGCAAGAAGUUCCGGGGUUGGCAGAGAGAAUAGCUUCUUUGAUGUGUGUGGAUAUUGAUUUGAUUUCAGAGGCUGAUGAGACGGAUACUGCGGCUGAAGACUUGGAUGAAAAUGGUACUAAAUUGAGUGCUGUGGAGAUAAUGGAGAGGGAAGUUUGUAAAGCGAAAGAGAAAGGCGAUGAUGCUGUGAGAUGGUUGGAGCUUGAGGGGCUUGACAUUGACGAUGCAACGCUGUUGUCGCUCCAUUUGCCUAGUAGAUUUCCUAAUCUAUUUGCACUUAGCCUGUGUGACAACAAGCUUGAGGAUGUGGGUGCUAUUACUGAUGAAAUUACCAAAUUUGAACAACUUAGAGCUCUCUGGCUGAACAACAAUCCUGUUCUACAUAACUGUAACAAUCACAUGGCAGAUACCAUUUUUCAAGGUUGCCCAAAAUUAGAAAUUUACAACUCCCGUUUCACCCCUAAUUUUGGUGAAUGGGCAUUGGGAUUUUGUGGAGGGAUAUAUGGCAAAGACAAUCCGGGUAGUGCCCAUCAAGGAGGCCAUCCAUUGCGAAGUGUCACAUCUCUUGACCUUUCAAAUCGGUGCAUUCAGAAUUUAAUCAGGAAGACAUUUUCCCCAGAAGAAAUGCCAUCUCUUUUAUAUUUGAAUCUUCGAGGAAAUCCACUGGAACAGAACUCAGUCUGUGACUUGUUGGAGCUUCUAAAGAGAUUUACUAGCUUGCAUUCUCUGGAGGUGGAUAUUCCAGGCCCUCUGGGAGAAAGUGCUGCUGAAAUUCUUGAAUCUCUUCCACAUCUUUCUCUGCUGAAUGGGGUCAACGCAUCAAGAAUUUUACAGUCUGGGAAGCAUGUGAUUGAUUCAAUGCUUCAACCACGCCUUCCUGAAUGGAAAGCUGGGGAUUCUCUGACUGAUCGUGUUAUCAAUGCAAUGUGGUUGUAUUUGAUGACAUAUAGACUUGCAGAUGAGGAAAAGAUAGAUGAAACCUCUGUAUGUUAUGUGAUGGAUGAGCUGGGUUCAGCUUUGCGGCAUAGUGAUGAGCCAAAUUUCAGAGUGUCUCCCUUUCUCUACAUGUCAGAUGGCAAACUAGCGUCAGCUGUGAGCUUUUCCAUUUUAUGGCCUACUGAGAAUGUCCAAAAAGGUGAUGAGUGCACUCGUGAUUAUCUAUUUGGUAUUGGGGAGGAGAAACAACGUUCUGGCAGACUUGCUGCUUGGUUCCAUACCCCACGAAAUUAUUUUGUUAAAGAGUAUGAGACACUUUGGCAGAAAUUGCAAUUGCCAAGAUGUGGUUCUCCACCUGUGAAGCCAUCCACAACCAAUAGUCUGCUUCGUGGUGAUGGAAGUGCUUUACGUGUUUACACUGAUAUACCCCAAGUGGAAGAAUUUUUGACCCGUCCUGAAUUUAAAAUAGCAACUGACCCAAAGGAGGCAGAUAUAAUAUGGACAAGUAUGCAGGUGGAUGAAAAUAUAAAGAAGGUCGUGGGAAUACAUGAUCAACAGUGUAUAAAUCAAUUUCCUUUUGAGGCUUGUCUCGUCAUGAAACACCAUUUGGCAGAAACAGUUCAGAAGGCACAUGGAUCUCCCAACUGGUUUCAGCCUACUUACAACCUUGAAACACAGUUAAGUCAAUUUAUUGGUGACUAUUAUGUACGUGAAAGGGAUGGGCUUAACAAUCUCUGGAUCUUAAAGCCAUGGAACAUGGCAAGAACUAUUGAUACAACUGUCACUGGCUGUCUAUCUGCUAUCAUCCGUCUCAUGGAGACUGGUCCAAAAAUAUGUCAGAAGUAUAUUGAGCACCCUGCUUUGUUCAAAGGGAAGAAGUUUGAUAUUCGUUAUAUUGUUCUGGUCCGCAGCAUGAAACCGUUGGAAAUAUUCCUUUCUGACAUUUUCUGGGUUAGAUUGGCAAACAAUGCGUAUACUUUGGACAACCACAGUUUUUUUGAAUAUGAGACUCAUUUCACUGUUAUGAAUUACAGGGGGAUAUUAAAUCACAUGAAUAUAUCAGAUUUUAUUAAGGAGUUUGAACAGGAACAUCAAGUUAAAUGGUUGGAUAUCCAUACAAGAGUUCAAAGAAUGAUCCGAUCUGUUUUCAAGUCAGCUGCAACGGUGCAUCCAGAAAUGCACAGUUCAACGUCAAGGGCCAUGUAUGGUGUGGAUGUCAUGCUUGAUUGCCACUUCCAGCCGAAGUUAUUGGAGGUCACCUAUUGCCCCGACUGUACUAGAGCAUUGAAGUAUGACACUGAAGCUGUGAUGAAAGGGGGAGAAAUUGUUAAAGGUCGUGACUUCUAUAAUUGUGUUUUUGGUUGUCUUUUUUUAAAUGAGACUACUCAUGUAUCUCCCUUGUAGUUGAGCUACUCAUGUAGCCAUUGAAAGUUUGUACUGAUUUGUAUCGGCACCAACUUCAGAAGAUAGAGAUAUUAUGCUGGAA